CGCGUUGUGACAUUUACUACUCCACCGUACCGGGGAGCGCGAAGUUGGCAUUCGUGUAUGAACAGUUUAUGAAAUUAAACGGCUCAACAGUCGAGCCCACGUCUUAAAUAGGAAAAGAUUCGAGGUUCAAUUUAGGCUCCGACGCGUGUUUUAUGGGAUGCGUUUCGUCGUGGUGGAUCGCGGGCGACGACUGAUGCUCUGAGGUGAUUUUCGAAUUUAAACGUUUUUAACCGUCGCCCGCGGUCCGGUCGCCGCCACAAAGUUAACGGCGCCGCUUUUCUCUGCCAAAAAUAUGCGUUUUUUCGUCUUUUUCGUGCUGUCAACUUUCUCCGUGUGUGAAACAUCGCCCUCCCGGAGCGUUUUUACCAACCACUGGGCUGUGCGGAUCACGGGGGGACCUGAAGAGGCUGAUAAACUUGCUUCAAAAUAUGGCUUUACGAAUUUGGGUCAGAUCGGAGGUCUGGAGGACCACUACCAUUUCCAUCACAGCCGAGUGGUGCGCAGAUCCACCUUUGCCACCAGGGGCACCCAUAGCUUCAUCCACAUGGACCCCAAGGUUGACUGGAUACAGCAGCAGAUAGUAAAGUCUCGAGUGAAACGUUAUGCCCGGAGUGAUCCCAACUUCAUCUACUUCAACGACCCCAAGUGGUCAAACAUGUGGUAUAUUCACUGCAGUGAUAAAAACAGCCGGUGCCGUUCAGAAAUGAACAUCCUAGCAGCCUGGCAGCGAGGAUACACAGGCCGGAACGUCGUGGUCACCAUCUUAGAUGACGGAAUAGAGCGGAACCACCCAGAUUUGGCCCAAAACUAUGACCAGUUAGCCAGCUACGACGUCAACGGCAACGACCAUGACCCAACACCACGAUAUGACUCCAGCAAUGAAAACAAGCAUGGGACCCGAUGCGCAGGGGAGGUGGCUGCCGUGGCCAAUAACUCGCACUGCAUUGUUGGUAUCGCCUACAACGCUCGUAUUGGAGGCAUUCGGAUGCUGGAUGGAGAUGUGACUGAUGUGGUGGAGGCCAAGUCUCUGGGAAUCCGGCCUGACUACAUUGACAUUUACAGUGCCAGCUGGGGCCCUGAUGAUGAUGGGAAGACUGUGGACGGCCCAGGCCCUUUGGCCAAACAGGCCUUUGAAGUGGGCAUUAAAAAGGGUCGCAAGGGCCUGGGCUCCAUCUUUGUGUGGGCGUCCGGUAAUGGAGGUCGGCAGGGUGACCACUGCUCAUGUGAUGGCUACACCAACAGCAUCUACACCAUCUCUGUGAGCAGUAGCACGGAAAAUGGCAACAAGCCCUGGUACCUGGAGGUGUGCUCCUCCACUCUUGCCACCACCUACAGCAGUGGAGAGUUCUACGACCGCAAAAUAGUUACCACAGACCUACGGCAGCGCUGUACAGAUGGCCACACUGGGACAUCAGUGUCUGCACCCAUGGUGGCCGGGGUCAUCGCUCUCGCUCUGGAGGCCAAUCCGUUAAUAACCUGGAGGGAUGUGCAGCAUCUCUUGGUAAAGACAUCAAGACCUGUUCACCUCAAAGCUAAUGACUGGAAGACCAAUGCAGCUGGACACAAAGUCAGUCAUCUUUAUGGCUUUGGACUGGUGGAUGCUGAGGCGAUGGUCUUAGAGGCCAAGAAAUGGCGAAGUGUUCCUCCUCAGCACAUCUGCACCAAGAUAUCAGACCGCAGAACCAGGUACAUCCGGCCAGACCAGAAGCUGAAUGCCAGCAUGAGCAGCACAGGUUGCAGUGAACAGCCGGAGCAGCAGGUGGUCUUUCUGGAGCAUGUUGUGGUUCGAGUGCUCAUUGUUCACCCCCGCAGGGGAGACCUAGAGAUCAGCCUCAUCUCACCAUCUGGAACACGCUCCCAGUUGCUGGCAAAAAGGUUGUUUGAUAACUCCAACGAGGGCUUCAGGAACUGGGAGUUCAUGACUGUGCACUGCUGGGGUGAGAGGGCAGAGGGAACAUGGACACUGGAGAUAUCCGAUUCCCCCUCGCAGCUCCGCAACCCUGAGGUUCUGGGUAAGCUGAAGGAGUGGACACUGAUUCUCUACGGGACAGUUGAGCAUCCUUAUCAGUCUCAGGGCUCUCAGCACUCGCGCUCCCGAAUGCUGGAGAUCCCCAGCAUCAAGGGUCCAGAACCUUCCCCAGGGACUCCCCAACAUGAGGAUGAAGAAGAAGAGGAGUACAGUGGGCCAUGCCACAGUGAGUGUGGUGACCAGGGCUGUGAUGGACCAGAUGCUGACCACUGCCUAAACUGCAUCCACUUCAGUCUUGGUAACCUGAAGGCAGGGAGGACCUGUGUUAGCCACUGUCCACUGGGUUACUUUGAAAACAUUGAGGCACGACGGUGCAGGCGCUGUCACAGAGGCUGUGAAACGUGUGUGGGCCAUGGACUCAAUGAGUGCCGCUCCUGCCGAAGAGGCCUCUACUUCUACACAGAAGAGAACUCUUGUGUGGAGGCCUGUCCUACCAGCUACUUCGCAGAUGAGGUUCAGAAACAUUGUGUGAAGUGUCACGAGAACUGUAUGAAAUGCCUGCGAGAUUCUGACAGAUGUACAGCCUGCAAUGAAGGCUUCAGCUUAGCAGGAAUGACCUGCGUUCCAGAGUGUGCCAACGGAACCUUUUUUAACCUGGAGGAAAUGAAGUGCAGUCCCUGCCACAUCUCCUGUUCCACUUGCACAGGGCCUGGCAUGGAGGAGUGCAUUCAAUGCGUACAGGACUUCCUGCAGCAGGAAUGGAGGUGUGUGCAGAAAUGCUCCUCUGGAUACUAUGAGGGCGAAGGAGCAGGGUCCUCACAGAGGAUGUGCCGCAAAUGUGAAGAGAACUGUCUAAGCUGCCAAGGCCCUGGAAAGAGCUGCAUACAGUGUAGGGAUGGAUACAACCUGGUCAGCAGCACCUGCAUCAUUAACGCCACCUGUAACAAUGCGGAUGAAGUGUUCUGUGAGAUGGUGAAGUCCAACCGUCUUUGUGAGAAGAAACUCUUCCGCCAGUUCUGCUGCAGAACCUGUCUGAUGACAGGAUGAGUAAAAUCGGAGAGGGAAGGGAAGUGGAGGACGAAGCACCUCUUUUAUAUGGCUGUGUUAUCUGAUGUACAUUUUAAACCAGUUUUAUCUGUGGUUUCAAAGACAACAAACUCCUCAUUUCGAUAAACCCUGGAAGGGUGCUAUUUGAUUGCCAUAAGAUAUAUUUUUAAGGUUGUCUGUUUUAUAAACUUCAUAUAGUACAUGUAUAAAUUGUUUAUUUUUUAUUCAAAGAUGACAUCAUUAUGAAAUAGACUGCUAUGGAUAACUGUGUAUGUGAUUAUAAGGAAUAAGCUAAAGGACCAGCAUUCUCGGAGAAUCGAUAGACACAUUACCAGUACUGACCUCCUGAGUGAUUAAACAAUUAUGCAAGACUAUUGAUUUCAACAAGUGAACAAGAACACUGUGUAAGACUGGAUUUUUUUUUUCAGGAACAAUGAGCAUCAAGAAAGAUUAAAUAAUGCCAUAGUAAAGAUGUUGUACAUUUUGGAGCGUGUAUGUAAUGUUUAAAAUGUUUGUUCUUUAAGGAUGGCAGAAUAAACCCAUCUAUGGCCACUGUU